AUGCCUGCAAUUUGGAUUCCAGAGUCUACCUUGGAACUGCCAAAUGACAAUAGAUGCCACGGCUACGCUCACACUAAAGGGCGAAGAUGUCUCGUGUACGUUGGAUUUGAAAGCUCAUGGAGAUACGCCGCUAUACUCGACGAGCUAUCCCAACAACAACCUGAUGCUAGGCAGCUUGAACCCCUCUUAAGACGACUUGCACAUUGCACGCUUUGCGAAAACUGGCACAAAUAUCAGGCAGACCGUAUUGUGAGGAAUUGGGCAAUGAAGAUCAGGACAGCGUAUCCCGCGGGUUCCGUGGCAGUACAGUCAUCGCCCUCCUCGACACCCACUCGAUCAAUACUUCAAGCGACGACAGUAACUUCAGCUAACAACUCUCGUCCAUUAUCAUCUGCACAAUCCGAAGUUGAAGCGCUUCACAUGACCAUCCGCGCAAUGCAAGAAUUAUUGCGUACCACAGAGGUGCGACUAUCAAUGCUCCAAGUUACACAGUCCUCUAUCGGUGGAAAUUCCGUUCUAUCACCUGCUUCAAGCUCUGAUAAUACAUCUCGACGGUCUUCAAUUGCUUCUAGCGUUUCACCAGCCUCGCCUACGAUGGCACGCUCCCCGGCGCCCAUCUCUGUACACACGGACAGUAUUUCAACGGCAAGAAUGGGCCAGCUAUUACCGGUAGUCGCUGGACUCAUAACUUCGCCUUCAGCAGAAACAGUGGUCUCAACAGCCCUGUCAUCAGGCCCGGAUAUUCUCCUGUCAGCUACAGCGGAGAGCGCACCUCCUCAGCCCUGCACACGCCCUCACGUCCAUCGACGGCCUAUUGAAGAGGAGUGUCCCAUAUGCUACGAUUCAGCCCUUCUCUCCACCUGUGAGCCUUCAGAGCUCGUCUGGUGUCGCUCAGGCUGUGGGCAGUCUAUACACAAGUCUUGCUUCGAAGCUUGGCGCACUCAGUGCGAAACGAAUGGCAGAGACCUCACCUGUUCAACAUGUCGAGCGAAUUGGGGCCGCGAAUGUGGAUGUACAGGUUGCACUGCUGUUCAUGUGCGGAGGUGCGUGGUCGCAGAGAGCAUCAUCGCGGCCGGAGAAGAUGCCGAGGACACCGCUGAGUCUAUGAGAACUGCUAGGGCUUGUGGUAAUCGGCACAUUGAGAUAUCAUUUCUUUAG